GCCCAUUUAAUAGAACGGUAACGCUCAGAGAAACAUUUUUCAGGAAACCUCUCCAAAAAACAAAAACAAAAAAAUCUAAGAACCGAAAAAAAGUAAUAAUCUCAGAGUUAUGAUAUGAACUUAUCGUACAGGAACAACCAAAACCUCCGAUCAGGGUGCUAGAUUAUCAAUGGAGAUUACCGAUUCUCCCGGUGGUUCUCCGCCGCCGCAACCUAACCUUCCUCCUGGCUUCCGUUUCCACCCUACCGACGAAGAGCUCGUGGUUCACUACCUCAAAAGCAAAGUCGCGUCCGCUCCUUUACCUGUCGCCAUCAUCGGCGAAGUUGAUCUCUAUAAGUUCGAUCCAUGGGAACUUCCCGCAAAGGCAUCGUUUGGAGAGCAGGAAUGGUAUUUCUUCAGUCCCAGAGACCGGAAGUAUCCUAACGGAGCGAGGCCGAACAGAGCGGCGACGUCAGGAUACUGGAAGGCGACGGGGACUGAUAAACUGGUGCUUGCCUCGGACGGGAAGCUGAAGGUGGGCGUGAAGAAGGCACUCGUUUUCUACAGUGGGAAACCUCCAAAAGGCGUCAAAAGCGAUUGGAUCAUGCAUGAGUAUCGUCUCAUCGACAACAAACCUAAUAACAGACCACCAGGAUGUGACUUAGGCAACAAGAGAAACUCCCUCCGGCUUGAUGAUUGGGUGUUAUGUCGAAUCUACAAGAAGAACAACGCAAGUCGACAUGUUUAUAACGAUAAGGAUCCCGAUAUGUUUGAUUACAUCUUCAGAAAAAAUCCUCCCUCGUUAUCAAGUGGACUCCAUCACAACGUCUCUAGGUCAAUGAAUAUCUUCCCGGGGAAAUUCUCCGGUGGUUACGGGAUUUUCUCCGAUGGUGAUCCCGGUUUGUACGACGGAAGCGGUAUGGUCUGCAGCAGCGGAGCUGAUUCAGUCAAUAUCAAUGUUUCUAAUGGUAAUCCUAAUGGUUUGAAUCCUGCUUCUUCCUCUGGGCCCAUGAUGAUGAUGGCGAAUCUGAAACGAGCUCUUUGGCCUGUAGCUGAGGAAGAGCAGGAUGCAUCUCCGAGCAAACGGUUUCACGGCGUAGGAGGUGGAGACUGUUUGAACAUGCCUUCUUCCGUGAUGGAGGAAACUCCUCCACUGAUGCAGCAAGGUGGUGUGUUAGGGGAUGAUGGAUUAUUCAGAACGACGUCGUACCAACUUCCUGGUUUAAACUGGUAUUCUUCUUAAGAAAACGGUUUGUGUUACGCCGUGUGCGAAAUUUACCGGUCAUUUGCAUAGUUUGAGAUUAGUGUAUAUGUUUUGGGUUAAUGAAUAGGUCAUAGGGGUUAGAGAAAGAGGUUUAGAGAGGGGGACAAGUGAGGCAUAGAUCAUAUUCAAACAUAAGGUUAUUUAAAAUAUACAAUCUUUCUUAAUUUAAAUGUUGUGUAAGAAAAUUAUACAUGCUUAGAUGUUCAUAAAUAGUUCGUAUUAUUGUAUAGAUGAAUAUAGUCCACCAUCAAUUAUGUAAAGGAUUUGGUU